CCCGUCUCAACACCUGUUCUUUUUUGGUCCUCUUGGAGAAACCGUCCGCGAUACGUUUCUUUUUUUUUUUGCGUGUGCUCAGCCAUGACUCGGGUCUACGUCUACACAGCUGGCCUGGUGGCCUUUGUCGCCGCUACGGCCAUGAUUGUCGCCUCCAUCACAGAGCCCCAUUGGGUUUCGUACUCGGUCACCACGACCUCGGGCGAGACGCUCGAGAAGCACAUCGGCCUGCACAAGAGCUGCUCCAGCCUCGAUGAUCCGCACUGUCGCGAUUUCCCGUCCAAAGAGCUCUGCCAAUAUGGCGAGCGAUAUUUCUGCUCCAUGUGGCGCACCGUCGGCUUCAUGGCUUCGUUUACCAUCAUCCUGUGUCUCGCCAGUUUGAUAGCAUUUGCGCUCGUCAUGGGCGGCGGAAAGUACAGGCGCGAGACGGGCUGGCCUUUUGUCUCUGCCCUUCUGACGCUGGUCUCUGUGGUCGAGUUCAUCAUCAUCUCUAUAGUGGCGUACUUGUACGACCAUGACGAUCAGUUUACCGUUCCAGGAUGGAAUCUUGAUGUUUCGUGGUAUCUCGGCACCGUUAGUGCCGGCAUCUCCUUGGUCAUCGCGGCUGGUCUGGCGGCAUCUGCCUACUUGCUUCCACCUGAAGAGGGCUACGAAUUCCUCGAUGACCCGCUGAAUGCUUGAUCGAUUCUUUUCGCAAGAUGCUUGAAAGCGAUGCAAAGGCUGCGCUUCAAUGCAGUUUUGGUUGUUUCCAUCAGGCGUGUUUGAUACUUCUUAUGACUUUCAAUUCUCUCACUUUCUUCUCUCAUUGUUGGAACUGCACAUUUUGAUAUAUAGCUUGGCGUUUUGGGAGUUUGUACACAUUGGUCAGUGUAUACAUAAACGAAUUUUUUUUAUAUAUCUUGACGCAAAUGGCACUAUUCAUAUGUCGAGUUAUCGACGUUCCUCAGGCUUGCAGUACGCGAUGUGCGGCCAUAUCAUACUUAAUCUUUCAUAUAUAUACGAUUGAAUAAUGAAACCACCAAGCUUCGAUGCUUA